UUCCUUCUCUCUGCCCUUACCUUUUCUUUUUUGUUUCCUUGUCAACAUUAAUGGGUUAUUUUAGUUUGGUCGGCUCCAAAAAUAAAUCUAAAAUAACAAUUUUUUUAGUUAUAUUUCACUUUGCACAGAACCAUGUCUGCACAUGAAGAAGUUAUGAACUAAUUCUAAGCUUUUUUUCCAAAUAUCGUGGAGUCUACCAAAUCUUAGCAAAGGAGAUACAAAAUUUCUGGGUUUUUGUUGUGAUUCGGAUUGUUACACCCCCAAGAACGCUUGAUGGGUUUUUAAAGUUGAAUAUUAGGUGAAGAGAGGAACUUGUUUCGUUUGUGUGUGAAGAAUCAGAUUUUUAUAAGAAAAAUGGGAGAAGGAGAAGAAAAUGGUAAUGAAGCAGAUUCAAAUGAGAGAUCUUUGGCAUUAUCACCUACUUGGUCUGUUGCUAUUGUCUUGACUGUCUUCGUUGUUGUUUCUUUGAUCGUUGAGCGCUCCAUUUAUCGUCUUAGCACUUGGUUGAGGAAGACAAAGAGGAAACCAAUGCUUGCUGCAUUAGAAAAGAUGAAAGAAGAGUUGAUGUUGCUUGGCUUCAUAUCACUUGUUCUAACAGCUACCUCUAGUACAAUAGCCAACAUAUGUGUGCCUUCAAGUUUCUACAAUGACAGAUUUGUUCCGUGUACACGAUCCGAGAUCCAAGAGGAGCUCGAAAGCGGUUCAACUGUCAAGCGGAAUCUCUUAACGAAAUCCCUCUUCUUCAGCACCUUUAGGAGAAGGUUGGGUGUCAUAAAAGAGACUACUUGCAGCGAGGGGCAUGAGCCUUUUGUUUCAUAUGAAGGCCUUGAACAGUUGCAUCGGUUCAUCUUUAUAAUGGCAGUUACACAUGUCACUUACAGCUGCUUGACCAUGAUUCUUGCAAUCGUCAAGAUUCAUAGUUGGAGGAUCUGGGAAGAUGUAGCUCGUAUGGAUCGACACGAUUGCUUAACUGCUGUGGCACGGGAAAAAACAUUCCGAAGGCAAACAACUUUUGUCCAGUAUCAUUCUUCAGCUCCUCUGGCCAAGAAUAGAUUGCUUAUAUGGGUGAUAUGUUUCUUCCGGCAAUUUGGUCGUUCUGUUGUUCGUUCUGACUAUCUUACUCUUCGCAAGGGAUUCAUUGUGAAUCAUCACCUCACAUUAAAGUACGAUUUUCACAGCUAUAUGAUCCGUUCUAUGGAAGAAGAGUUCCAAAAGAUUGUUGGUGUGAGUGGGCCGCUUUGGGGGUUCGUAGUUGCUUUCAUGCUCUUUAACAUAAAAGGAUCGAAUCUCUAUUUUUGGAUAGCGAUAAUUCCUGUUACUCUUGUUCUUCUGGUUGGUGCCAAGUUGCAACAUGUAAUAGCAACUUUGGCAUUGGAGAAUGCUGGUUUAACUGAAUAUCCUUCCGGAGUGAAGCUGAGACCUCGUGAUGAACUUUUCUGGUUCAAUAAACCAGAGCUACUCUUGUCCCUAAUCCACUUCAUUCUGUUCCAGAACUCUUUUGAACUGGCUUCGUUCUUUUGGUUUUGGUGGCAGUUUGGGUACAGCUCUUGCUUCCUCAAGAAUCAUUACCUCGUUUACUUCAGACUUCUUUUAGGCUUUGCUGGACAGUUUCUAUGCAGUUACAGCACACUACCACUUUAUGCACUAGUCACUCAGAUGGGAACGAACUAUAAAGCAGCUCUAAUACCUCAGAGGAUAAGAGAGACAAUUCGCGGUUGGGGAAAAGCAACCAGAAAGAAAAGAAGGCACGGGAUAUAUGGCGAUGAUUCGACUGUUAGAACAGAAACGAGCACGGUUGCAUCUAUCGAAGAAUAUGAUCAUCAAGUUCUUGAUGUUACCGAAUCUUCUCUACAACAGCAACAAGAACAUGGUAUUGAGGUUGAAAUGCAACCAAUCCAACCUCGUAGUGAUGAUUGUGUACCUAAUGAAUCUUCAAGUAGAGUUGGAACACCUCUUCUUCGACCUUGGCUCUCCAUUUCUUCACCAACAACCACAGAGUUGAGAUCAGAACCUAUGGAACCACUCUCCAGAUCGUCUUCAUUGCCAGUGAGACGAGAGUGAGUCAGUGAGAUAUAUAUAUACCUACUAAGUUAAGCUGAGUGAGGAUUGGGUUUAGUUGGAUAUAUAGGAUUAAUUUCAGUAGAAAAUUAAACAGAUGAACAUGUACUCUUCUUAGUACAUAGAUGUAAUAAUUGGAAUAAUUUAACAUUGAAAACUGUAAACUUUGUAAAAGCAACACUAUUCUUCAUAUUUCCUCUACUAAUAUUAGAUUGAAAUAUUUUAAAAUCAAAA